AUGGCAUAUUGCGCGUCAAAGUCGCUUGCCGAGCGCGGGCUUUGGGAUUGGGUCGCAGACGCAAAGCCCAAGUUUAGCGUGGCUACAAUCUGCCCGCCGUGGAUUUUCGGGCCCACAAUUGACGAUGGCUUAGGGAAGCUGAACGAGUCCACAGAGGUGAUUUGGAAUCUGAUUAAUGGGUCACGGAGAGAGGCGGUGCCUGCCAACGAUUUCGCCGCGUUUGCCAAUGUUAAAGAUGUGGCAGAGGCGCAUUUGAAGGCAUAUGUGGAGGAGAAGGCAGCGAAUCAGCGGUUCAUUGUCGCUGGCGGGCAGUUCCUGUUUCAGGAUGCCUGCGAUAUUAUCCGGAGGAGGUUUCCAGAGUUGAAGGGCAUGGUCCCCAAGGGUGAGCCGGGGACCCGCGUUGAGACAUAUCUCGCGGAUGGCUCCAAGGCGGCGGAGAUUCUAGGUCUAAAAUAUCAUGACUUGGAGACAACGUUGGUUGAUACGGUUGGGGAUCUGUUGAACAAAAAGUCUACUUGAUACAGUCUCAGAAGCGAUUGGAUUCAGUAGCACUAUUAGGAGGGAGGUGUGGAGGAGCAGUAGAAUUCAUCAAUCUCAUUUGUUAAAAUUAGUGAUAUCUCCUCGAGUACCAUACUGUUUCAUGUCUCCAGUGAAUGUGAACUGCUCUCAUGACUGGAUUUCUCAAAAUAGGUUACAGGUUCAAUAAACCCACGGUUAGAAAGCGUAAUGAGGC